AAAUUAAUUUAUUUACUUCUUUGCGCCCCACUAUUUAACCAGAAAUCUCGACUGUCAUAAUGGCGCGAAACUCCCUGUCUCUUGCUCUGGCGCUCUUUCCAUAGUCAUGGCCAGCUUAGGGUUUCGUCUUCCUCAAUUCUCUGAGGACUUAGCUUGGUUACCUACUUGGCUUCAAAUUCCUCAAAUCGAAUCAUCUGCUACUCACACAAAGGAAACCUUAACUAAUUCCAGUACUCACUUACAAACUUCUUCAAGAGAAGAGUGUACAAAUUACAAUUUUAAUUUGUUCUUAUCUGGAGAUAACGAUGCUUCUCAAAUUAGUGUUUCUCCGUCGCCAAGAAAUGUAGUUCAUUUUUGUUUACGACUUUCUUUAGAUGCUGAAUCACAGCAAAGCGAAAGCCAUGAUUUGAACAUGUCUCAACCUUUAGCGCAACGAGUUGAGACUUCAGCUGCGAAGAAUAUUGGUCCACAAUCAUUAAUCAAUAAGGAAGAAAUCGAGGGGAAAAAUAUAGAAAAAGUUGAUUGUAAUGCUGGUCCUUCAUCUCCUACCAACUGUAAGGACAAUGUAGAGAUUGGAGAAAGAAUUCAUUUUAAGCGCAUCAAAGAUGCGGAUGUUAAUGAAGCGGUUGAGCUUUCUAUAGCUGCAUCUGAAGCAUUAGUUAUACAUGAAUUAAUGUGCAGUGGAUCGACUUCAAAAGCUGUGCCAACAGGAGCUAUUCUUGAAGCUGCUCUUCAGGUUAAGCAAGCUAGGUUGGAGGCUUUAGAAGAUGAAAACUGCUGCUCGUCUGAUGAAAUUGAUGAGAUCCAUGUUCUUUCUGACUUGGAUGACUCAGUUAUGGAGAAUGCUUUUGUAGAUGUAGGGCUUUCUUUCAGAGACACUGAUGAUCAACGUGCUUGUGGUUCAGAUGUUUCUCAAGUCAAAGAUACUCCUGUGGACAGCCAUUAUGGGCAUAAGAAUGGAUCCAAGCAUGUGGAGCUUAUGGUUCAUCAUGAUAAAGUUUACAGUGGUUCAGCUUUGGGUUUGAACAACAACAAUAUUGCAAGCCUAGUUAACCCCCUUCUACAUCAAUCAGCUGAGGCAAGUCCAUACGUUCCAUCUGUGGUACAGCCUCAAGUUGAUGUAAGCUCAUCUCCUGCUUGUAUGUCAGAAAAGAGUGAAGGAGAAGAAAAAUUAUGUUCUUUAGUCGUGGAUAAAUUCAGGAGCCGCUGGUCAGGUGGUUGGACAGUGAAGGAAGCAGAUACUUCUGAAAAGGUGAAGCAGAAAAACAGUAAAGGUGUACUGAAGUUUUUUGAUUUUGAGACAAGCUUUCUCUCUGAAUCUGCAUAUGUUGCUGCAGAUGAGAACUCUUUUGUGCAGAAACAUGAAACUGGGUCCAAGAUAGCUUCACAGUCCAGCAUACCCUUUGAAGGUGGACUUGAUAGGGCUGAUGAGGGGAUUUGUUCUUUUCAAGAGGUUAGAUCUUCUAAUCAGUCUUUGGUGGAUCCUCUUUGUUCUAUUGUUCCAUGCAGUAUAUCUUCAGAGAAUGCAGGCUCUCUGUCAAGUCAGAAUAAAGAUGACAGAGAAGCAUAUGCUCAAAACUGCUUCAGCACCAAAUCAGAACCUAGGAUGGAGAAUUUUCAGAGUACAUCAGAUGUAAAUGUUGAACCCCCCUAUGCGGGUAGGGAAGCUGUGCCCAAAACAUAUGGUGAAUAUUUUGAGGUCCCAGUUCGAAGGCAUCUGGCCUCACUUAAGACCUACAGCAAAUUGUUGCCAAAACAUGAAGCAACUUUGUCGGAGCAGCAACUCAACCAAAAUCACUCAUCAGAGUACGUUGGGGAAUUGAUUUCAUCAAAGAGUUUUUCUGAUCAGAUGAAUUCUAAAUUGUUUGUGCCUCUCAGGUCUGAGUUUCAUUUUUCUGUUGGAAGAGAUCAUGGGCAAAAUGAGGAUGUAAAUAUUCUCAGGAGUCCACUAUCAGAUCAUGAUGAACCUGCAAAAGAUGGGCCUGAGCAGCCUUCAAAGCAAAGGAGGUCUCCACUUGUUCUAAACCGAAAAACACGCUGCCAUUUACAGCCUUCUGAACUUCUUAGAAACUUAGCUGGAGAAAAAACUCCUGAACGGAUUUUUGCACAAGGAACUGUAAAUAAGGCGCUUCAGAGAAAAAAUCUUCAAAAAAUAGACUCUAAAUUAGAAAAUCCCCAUAAGACGGCAAAUUUGGUUAGAAAGCGAGUUUGUCUCUUAGAGGCUGAAGUUGGGCUGCAGCAGAAUAAGGACGCCCCAAAGACACAAACUUCACAAAGGAAUUCUUCUGCAGUUACAGCUAAUAAAAGGUCAAAAUAUUCCAAGCCCUGUUCCGAUUCUCAGAAUCAAGAUAUGAAGAAUUGUUUCAAAGAUCUCGUAAAUGAUAUGAAGAGAUUAAUAUUCCAUGGUCUACAGUUCUUGCUAACUGGAUUUUCUAGUCGAAAGAAAAGAGAAAUUGCUGGACUAAUACAAGAAUAUGGUGGACUGGUCCUCUUAGAUGUACCAUCUCCACCUUCAAAUAUUAGGACUACGAGAAAAGCAAGAUCUAACUUCCAGCGGCUUCCUAUUGUUAUUUGCUCAAAGAAGCUGCAAACUACCAAGUUCUUGUAUGGCUGUGCAGUGAAUACCCUCAUUCUGAAAGUAAAGUGGCUUGCUGACUCAGUUGCAGCAGGUUCUGCUAUACCUCCUGACAAAUACAUGAUUAUAUCAAAUCAGGUAGGUCAACAAUAUACAAGAUUUGGAAAGCUAGGUUAUCAUGACGCUCCUAGAUGCAUUUUUGACAGAGUAGGGAUCAUGCUGCAUGGGAAGCAUAGUUUCUGCAGCAAAUUGGAAAUAAUAAUCAAGCAUGGAGGUGGACAGGUUUUCAAAACCCUCCAAAGGUUAUUUCAAAGUCUUGAUACUGAAAAGAUUUCUGUGGGAGCUAUUAUCGCUGAGGAUGAGAGUACAGCUUCACGACACUUGAGACACUGCGCCUUAGAGAGGAAACUACCCAUGAUGCCAGCUAGCUGGAUAGCUAGGAGCUUACAUUUUGGUAAGCUUCUUCCUUUUAAAGAAAAAGACGAUGCUCCGAAAAUUAAUUCACCAGAAUCUGCAAUUUCCUUGGAUUGGAGUCAAGAGAUUUGAAAUGUGCUUUUCAUAGUAAAAAAAUGAGGUACAUGUACAGGCACUUGAUAGUUCAAUAUUUUUUUGUACGUUGGCGCAUGUAUUUCCCUAUUUAUGUUAUUGUGUAUAUAUUAUAAAAUGUUCAGUUUUGUUUUUUUUU